GCCGCCGACUGCCGUCCGCGUACAGUCGCUCCGAUCGCGGUCCCGAACAGUCUACACACAUUGCCCGUUUCGUUAUAAUCGCACCGCGGUCUCGCGCGACGUUCUAUUUUGUUGUUGUUUUCGUUUCGAUUCACACAGUUUUUGAUGUUUCGUUUUUUAUCGGUUUUCGAUUCUAUUAUGUUUUUCAUUCGGUUUAUUUUGUCGGACGCCGUCUUACACGCGCCGGUUUGAAAAAUGUACGAUUUUCGUUGUCUGAGAACCGAUUAAAAUCCGUGUUAUCUAUAUUAUAUGUUAACACACGCAUGCGUAAUAUAACGUAAUAUUUGUUGAUACAAAAUUAUACUAUUAUGACACGCGUUGUAGAGUAUCGUUGAAUUAAUACGUCGCCGACACUAUUUUAUUAUACGAACAUAUUAUAAUAUACCGAGUUAUGGUCGCGACCAGAACACUAACAAUAUCAUACUGACGGACGCCGAGCAAGAGCACCGCACACAAUACUUACGCCACUUGCCGAUCGCGGGUGACGACGUAUUGUAGGUAUCAUUAUACCCUGAUACAGUACGGGGCAUAAUAUACGAAAAGCACUGAAAUAAUCGGUCACACGCGAGAACAACACCAUGUUGGCCGACUAUCCGAUAUCACGCGUACCCGGUGGACCGCUUUACAACACGUCUGUGGUCCCCGAUUUUCAAAGCGCCCUAACUGGCAAAUCUUGCAAUGAAGGAUGGCCCACCGAACAAGAGAUAAUGGAACAUCCCGGCCUGAGAAACACUCCGCUGGCUAUGUUGGCGGCUCAGUGCAACAAGUUGCAGAGUAAAUCGCCGCCGCCACUAGCUGACGCGGCCGUGGGUAAAGGGUUUUAUCCGUGGAAAAAGAGCCCGCAACAGCAGUCCACCGACAUGUCCGGUUCGCCGCUACAACAGCAGCAGCAGCAACAGCAACAGCAGCAGCAACAGCAACAACAGCAACAGCAGCAACAGCAACAGUGCCAACAGCAACAGCGGACGUCGUCCAGUGCGGCGGAAUCGCCCAGGCCCGUGGUCACUUCCACGUCGUCGGCUCCGUCUACGCCGGUGCCGACCGGGGCCGGUUACCCGCCCCCGCCUCCGCCACACCACGGCAACAUCUACUUCGGCGGCGGAAGCGGCGGCCACCAGACUCUGGCCGCUGACAACAACGGCCACCACCAUCACCACCAGAGCCCGUUGCUGGGCAAGGUGGACAACCACAGCGCGUUGUACGGCCGCCACCCGUACGAGUGGCCAUUCAAUUCGAUGGGCACCGCCGGACACCACGCGCCCGCCAUUAAGACGGAGUCCGUGAAUCCCGCUUGGUGGGACGUGCACGGGAGCGGAUGGCUGGACAUGAGUGGAGGUUUCCACGCAGGCAUGCACGCGCAGAUGGCCAAUUACGCGGCGCAGUCGGACUACUCGUCGUUGAGCCACUCGCUGGCCGCGUCCAACACGGCGGCCGCUCACCACCUGUUCUCCAACCAACACUUCUUGCAGGACACGUACAAGUCCAUACUGCCGGGCGCCCAGGGUUCGUUCGGCCUGGGCCACCACCACCACCAUCAUCCGUCCGUCGUCACGUCCUCGUCGUCCUCGUCGUCGGCCACGUCACCGGGCUCUGCUUCCGCGGCCGCCGCAGCCGCAGCCGCCGCGGCCGCCGUGUCAGCGGCAUACAGCGCAGCGCCCCAGACGCCGUCCCCGCGCACGCAGCGCAGGUACACCGGACGGGCCACUUGCGACUGUCCCAACUGCCAGGAAGCCGAACGGCUUGGUCCAGCCGGCGGUCACCUCAAGAAGAACGUUCACAGCUGCCACAUACCCGGUUGCGGCAAAGUGUACGGAAAGACGUCCCAUCUCAAGGCGCAUCUCCGAUGGCACACGGGCGAGAGGCCAUUCGUGUGCAACUGGCUGUUCUGCGGCAAGCGGUUCACGCGGUCCGACGAGUUGCAGCGGCACUUGCGCACGCACACCGGCGAGAAGCGGUUCGCGUGCCCCGUGUGCAACAAGCGGUUCAUGCGGUCCGACCACCUGGCCAAGCACGUCAAAACACACAACGGCAACGGUGGCAGCAAGAAGGGCAGCAGCGAUUCGUGUUCCGAUUCGGAAAACAGCCAAAGCGCGGCCGACGGUUCGUCUCCGCACAACCAGCACCAGCAACAGCAGCAGCAGCAGCAACAUCAGCAGCAGCAACAGCAGCAACAGCAGCAGCAGCAGCAGCAACAACAACAGCAACAGCACCAGCAGCACGUGCAACCGUUGCACAUGGCCGACAUGGUGGACGUGAAACCACCGUUGCCCCUGGGUGGACCGGCCGGUCUGGUCCGGUGGAGCCCGGUAGUCAGUUCCGUGGGCUCUGUUGUGCCGCUGUCGCCACCGUCGUCGCACGCCAUCGGGCCGUCGCCGUUCCUGUCCGUGCAACAACAGCACAACAACAACAAGGAACAGAAGAGCUUCUGCUGGACGAAUGCCGCCGGCAAAGAGCCGAAAAUGUACCAAGAGAAACUAGAAUGAGCGUCGCCCCCGCCGGUGCAACUGCCACCGCCGCCGACUGUCGCGUUCGGCAGCGGCGGCGACCGCGGCACCGGCGGUGGUGCUACGACGCCCGGCCCACAGUUGUUUUCUAGUCUCCAGUACAAAAACGGACUCCAGCAGCAGCACGACCAGCAGCAGCAGCAGCAGCAGCAGCAUCAUAAUCAUCAUCAUCAUCAUCACCACCUCCAGCAGCAGCAGCAGCAUCAGCAACAGCUGCACGAGCAGCAUCAGCAUCACCAGCAGUAUCUGCAGCAGCACCAUCAUCAGCACGGCAGCAACCUGGUCACGCAUUACGCGGCCCUCGGCAGUGCGUUUUACACGUACUGACGCGCUAUGAACGGAAUAAGAAGCGGUAAAUUUGUGCGGUAAAUCUUUAUUCAUAUAUAUACCUACUGUGUACGACAUUAUACAAAUUACAGAACAUUUUAUUUUCCACUUUUUUAACACUCGCGGCGUGUUUUUUAACAUAUAUAUUAUAAUCUCUAUAUAUAUAUAACUGCGUGUCGCCACUUUGUACAUAAUAUAUUAUUAUUAUUAUUAUUAUUAUUAUUAUUAUAUAACUCAUUAUUUUUAUGUGUACAUAUAUAUAUUGUAUUAUAUCUGUGUACAUAAUUUAAUGUUUUACUGUGAAAAAAUACAAAAAAAAAAAAAAAAAAUCGUAUUAUUAUUAUAUUAUUAACGUUUUUAUUAGUGUUUAACCCGACGAAGUAUUUUGUCCGCUUCACGCGCAUAGGGUAUAAUGAAGUUGAAAAAAAA